AUGUUUCUGCCUCACUUCUUUUCAAAGAGCGACGCACACGCCAGUCGUUCCGAGAAAAGAGGCGAUUCGCCGCCCUUCACGUCGUGGAGCGAAACGCGCGCAGCCACGGCCGAGCAGACCAGCCAGAAGAAGAAAGGCGUAAACGGAAAGCCCACUCCCUCAAUUCUCUCCUUCUUCGCAAAGCAAAAGAAAAGCAAAACAAACGGCCAUCUACAUCAUGCCUCGUCCCCUUCAUGCGCCUCUUCAUCCGCGUCACCUCCGUCUUCUUCAUCUUCUUCCUCGUCUUCCCCCUGUGGUUCCCCCUCUUCUUCCUCCUCUUCUUCCUCUUCUUUCUCCUGUUGUUCUCCCUCUGCUUCUUCCUCUUCUUCCUCCUGUUCACCCUCUUGUUCUCCCUCCUCUGGCGAAGCCUCCGUCGAGGUUGACCUGGAUGCGCUUGCCGCGUCACCGGCGCCUUUGGAUCCGCUGCCUUCAUCUUUGAGUUUUGUUGCGUGUGCGGAAGAGGAGAAAGAAGAGAGGGCGAAGCGAGAAGAAACGAAAGAGAAGACAGAGCGUCGCGUGUCCCCGUACGGCAUUUGGGUCAGCGAGGUUAUGCUUCAACAGACGCAAGUAUGCACCGUCAUUGAUUACUGGCAACGAUGGAUGUCCCGGUGGCCGACAGUUACGGAACUGGCCAAGGCGGAAGAAGGGGAGGUGUCGCAGAUGUGGAGCGGCCUGGGCUACUAUCGCCGGGCGCGGCAACUGCUGAAAGGCGCUCAGACGGUUGUACAAGACUUCGCCGGCGAGCUUCCAGGCCAGGUGGACAAGUUGCUCACCAUUCCCGGCAUCGGGCCGUACACGGGCGGAGCAAUCAGUGCAAUCGCCUUCGGCAAUCGAGCCGCUGCUGUCGAUGGAAACGUGCUAAGAGUUCUCUCCCGUUUGUUAGGCCUCGCGGUGCCGGCCGAUAGUCGCGCUCUAGCUGCCCUGUGCAGUCGGUUGAUGCCUCCCCUUUUAGACCCUCGACGGGCCGGCGCGUCGACAGAGGCGCUGAUCGAACUGGGAGCGACAAUUUGCACCCCGCGAGCUCCCUCUUGCCUCUCCUGCCCAGUUCGCCAUUUUUGCUUGAUAAACCAAGAGGCGAAAGAGGGCAGCUCUGCAUGCAGGGCGCGGCGCGAGCUCCACUCUUCAGACUGCAAGCUAUGCAUUUCUUUUUCAGAGGCGCAGGCUGCUGUACGCGAACGCCAGCAGGCAGCGUAUCCCGUGGCAAAGGCGGCGAAGGCGCGCCCUGAGGAAUCCUACGUAGUCCUCUGCGUGACGCGCCACAACGCAAGAGAUCUUGCAAACACGAACGCGCGUGCUUUAGACAGAUAUGGACCCGCACUCAGCCCCACUGGCAGUCCGUCUGCAUGCACAGACACCCGCACGUGUGAACGAAAAAGCGGGAAAGGGCCCGGCUUGGACAGGUGGGAAGUUCUCCUGAGGAGACGCCGGAGCUCCGGAUUGCUCGCAGGCCAGCUGGAGGUCCCUAGCUAUUUGACAGAGCGAACGGGAGGGGCCAAAACACCAAGAGAAAACGAGGACACGAGACUGAAGAAGAGGAAACGUGCCGAGGAAGAAGAGGAAGACGGAGAGGACACGUGCUCGGUGUCAUCAGAUGUGGAUAUCACACACGACCAGACAGGCACUCUUCCGCGCCUAAACAACGCGAGGGCAAAGCAGGAGAAAGAGACGAAGGAACCGGAGGGGAGACCAGGUGUAGGCCUAUUGGCAGCGGCGAAGCGUGGGGGGUACAUCGGAUUGACGCGGGGUGCGGGCGGAAGCAAGGCAGGAGCGAAAGCGGAGUCAAAACAACCGCGAGACGACGCUGGCGACGCACGACGCACUCGUACAGACAACACACAGAAAGCACUCCGUGGUCUUGCCGAGCGACUGCAGGCGUCAGUAGCAUUCGCUGACACCCCCGCGUUUGUCGGGGAAGUUUCUCAUGCCUUCAGCCAUGUGCAGCACAUGCUGAAGAUUUUUUGGGUAGAAAGCAAAGAUGGCGAGACACCCUCCAACAGUAGAGAGUCUUCUUUCACCAGGGCCAUGCCGAAGAUUGCAAAGGACGAGAGCGAAACGGAAAAACAGGCGAAACCGGACGGUAUCGAUUGCGCGAGACAGCUGGAAUGGGUCUCUCUCAACGAAGCAUCUGUGUUGCAAGCUUUAACUGACUUUCUGCGUCUACGAGGAGACUGUUCUUCGAAGGAACUCGUGAAAGCGGAAAAAAAACUGGAUACGAAGACACAGACCUCCCUGCCGAGUCGCUUCCUCCGGUGA